CCCUGGGGACCUGGGUGGGACCAUGGCCUGGGAAGUUGGGGAGGAUUGGGCACAGGGACAGGGCCACACAGCUGAGGGCCAUGUGGCCUGGCUGGUCUUACACGUCCUGCUCUAGGGCUGGAACCCUGACCUCUGCCUUCCUUUCACACAUCCGCCAGUGGAAGGCUCAGGCUGAAACCCAAACCCCUACUUAGCACACACCUGGCCCCCCAGAGGUCCCCAGAGCACAGAGCCUCCUUCAGGUCCUGCAGUGCGGGUGGGGGCUGUCCCUGUGACCUCACCUGCCACUUACAUAAGCUGCUCAGCCCCUCUGGGAGUUCAGCUCCUCUUACCACAGAUGAGUGGGCUUGGGUUGGGACAGGAGCUGGAGCUGCCUGGCAGUGAGGGAUGGAGGCGGAGGUUCCUUCGGCUGAGCCAGACUGCCUGACUCCAGUCUCAGUCACCCUGAGCUUACGUGUUGCCCGUGUCACCUGCUCAGUGGGAGCCCCUGGCCAGUGCCAGCUGGGCCUCAGUGUCUCAUAAGUAAGGGGCUGGUUUGUGAGAGGGGUGGGGGAGGCGGGCGAUGUUUGUCACAUCCUCAGCUCCCCUCAGGAGUUCACUGGAUGGGGAUGCAGGUUUGGAACACCUGGGGCUUCACCAUCGGACACCCUAGGCUGAGGCUGCCUUAUUUAGACAUUGUUAAAGCAUUUUUCCCAAGUGUCACCUAUGCAGCCAAGUUCCUGUCCCCUGGAGUGGGAGAAGGAGGGGCUGCCGUAAUCACUGGCAUCUCCUUAUUUGUUACUCUAACCUCUGAGCCCUUCUGACUGCAACUGCAGUGUGGAGCCUGGUGACUGCAUCCCCUGUGCUGAUGCUGGAAUGAGGGCUCCUGCAGUUCUGAUGGCCUCCAGAGGAAAGGGAAGGUGGUGGUGCUGCAUUCACUGCCAGGGUCCUGCAGCAAGGGCCUGCCGAUCUGGCUGUGAGGCGGCCUCUGGGACCCUGUGCUUUUCUAACUCAGGAGGAGAGAGAUGGAGAGAUGGGGGAGAAAGGGCCUGAGGGAGGGAGCUCGAGGAGGGAGGCCUCCUGUGAUGUAACCUGACCCCUCUGAGCUGAGGACUCAGGGCGACCUCUGUGGUCCUCACCCCUGGCCUGAUCCUCUACCUCCCAGGGCUCCGCCGCCCCCUUACUUAAAGCCCAGCCAACUGGGCUUCUGCUCAGGCCGCUGGCCAUGGCCUUCACAGACCUGCUGGAUGCCCUGGGUGGCGUAGGCCGCUUCCAGCUUGUCUACACCGCCCUGCUGCUGCUGCCCUGCAGCCUGCUGGCCUGCCACAACUUCCUGCAGAAUUUCACAGCCGCUAUGCCCCCUCACCACUGCCGGCGCCCCGCCAACCACACUGCCACCAACGACUCGGGGGCCUGGUUGAGGGCUACCAUCCCCCUGGACCAGCACGGAGUCCCUGAGUCAUGCCAGCGCUUCACAGAGCCUCAGUGGACCCAUCUGAGCCCCAACACCUCUGUCCAUUCAGUGGCCACAGAGUCCUGCAAGCACGGCUGGGUCUAUGACCGCAGCAUUUUCCCCUCCACCAUCGUGACAGAGUGGGACCUGGUGUGUGAGGCCCGCACCCUCCGGGACCUGGCUCAGUCCAUCUACAUGGCUGGGGUGCUGCUGGGGGCCGCCGUGUUUGGCAGCCUGGCAGACAGGCUGGGGCGCAAGGCUCCCCUGGUCUGGUCGUACCUGCAGCUGGCAGUUUCGGGGGCCGCCACGGCAUAUUUUGACUCCUUCAGUACCUACUGCGUCUUCCGGUUCCUGAUGGGCAUGACCUUCUCUGGCAUCAUCCUCAACUCCCUCUCGCUGGUUGUGGAAUGGAUGCCCACCCGGGGCCGGACCAUAGCAGGCAUCUUGCUGGGCUACUCCUUCACCAUGGGUCAGCUGGUCCUGGCUGGUGUCGCGUACCUGAUCCGUCCCUGGAGGUGGCUGCAGCUUGCCGUCUCUGCUCCUUUCCUGAUAUUUUUCCUCUAUUCUUGGUGGCUGCCGGAAUCGUCCCGAUGGCUCCUUCUUCAUGGCAAAUCCCAGAAGGCUGUGCAGAACCUGCGACUGGUGGCUGUGGUGAAUGGGAGAAAGGAAGAAGGGGAAAGGCUGACCAUGGAGGUGGUGCGCUCCUAUGUCCAGAGCGAGUUUGCCAGUGUCCGUACCUCUAACUCCGUCUUGGACCUCUUCCGAACCCCAGCCAUUCGCAAGGUCACCUGCUGUCUCAUGGUAGUCUGGUUCUCCAACUCCGUGGCCUACUAUGGCCUGGCCAUGGACCUGCAGAAGUUUGGACUCAGCAUCUACUUGGUACAGGCUCUGUUUGGGAUCAUUGACAUCCCAGCUAUGCUGGUGGCCACCACCACCAUGAUUUAUGUGGGCCGCAGGGUCACAGUGGCCUCCUUCCUCAUCCUGGCAGGGCUCAUGGUCAUCGCCAACAUGUUUGUGCCUGAAGACCUGCAGGCCCUGCGCACGGCCCAGGCAGCGCUGGGCAAAGGCUGCCUGGCCAGCUCCUUCAUCUGCGUGUACCUGUUCACGGGAGAGCUGUACCCCACGGAGAUCAGGCAGAUGGGCAUGGGCUUCGCCUCCGUCCACGCCCGCCUCGGGGGCCUGGCGGCGCCCCUGGUCACCACGCUCGGGGAGCUCAGCCCCAUCCUGCCUUCUGUGAGCUUCGGCGCCACCUCAGUCCUGGCGGGGCUGGCUGUCCUCUGCUUCCUGACAGAGACGCGCAACCUGCCCCUGUUGGAAACCAUCGCCGCCAUGGAGAGGAGAGUCAAAGAAAACCUCUCCAAGAAGGAUGCAAGUGACAAGAGUGAAGAAAUUUCUCUUCAGCAGCUGGGAGCCUCUCCCCUCAAAGAAACCAUCUAAGCUGCCCAGAGCCCAGUGCCAGCUGGCUCAGCCUGAUCCAGAUUGUCACUGGGGCUUCUCCUGGGGUCUGGAGUGGGGUGGGACAGCUGGGACCUGGUCCACUGAAGGACACCAGCAACACCUUAUCUAGAAGAGGCACCCCCAGGCCCAGGCUCGGCCCUCAGAAGGAAGCCCUCGCUGUCCGCAAUCACAAAGGAGAAAGCACCUUGGGGCUGUAGCAGUGAAAGUCCUGCUUUCCUCUCCUCCAAAUCUGCCCGGAAACCUCCAUUUGCUCUGCUUCCCCUGUAGAACGCUGUGUCUUUUACGGUGUAGGGUGACAUCUCUACCACAGGCUGUCCUUGGAACAGCCCCGCUUGACUUGAGGAACUUCCAGAACUCAUUCUAUUCUAUCCAUUUGGAAAAAGUGAAUACUCCUUGGCUUGGAGCUUGUGUCUGUGUGAAUUACCUCCUCUUUAGGCAAAAGUCUCCACAGGAGGACUUCCUGCUGAUUUUUUUCCCCUUUUUUGGUGGUGGUGGUACAGGGCCUUUGCACUGAGCUACAUCCCCAACCCUUUGUUUUUUGGGUUUUUUCCCCCAGCCCUUUGUUUUUGUUUUUUUGUUUUGUUUUGCUUUGGGUGACCAGUUCUAGCUAAAUUGCCCAGGCUGGGCUUGCUAUCCUGUCUCAGCCCCCAGAGUGCUGGGAUUAUAGGUGUGAAGCACCACACCCCACUUCCUGCCUACUUCUGUAGCCCCUUCUAUAUCCUCUUCCAGGGGUCCAUGCAGAUGGUACAGUAGAUAGCUGAUGAAUAAAUGAUGAGACCAGAUUCAGGAAAUGGGUACUGA